GGUUUUUACAGUUUUUGGAUGAUGACCGGCUUUACAGUGUAAACGCCUACACUUUCUUUUAGAACAGACUGAACCAUGUUUCUUACUCUCUGCGGAAGGGGAAGAUGUUUACCAUCAAAGCUGUUAAAAAGUGUGAAAGUUACAUCCUGUCCUGGUCGAACAACCCUACAUGUUGGACGUCCUCUAGUCACUUUGAAUAAAUCUCUCCUUACAACACACAUCAGUCAAUGUGGGAAGCACAGAGUGAAGCCCAAAAGUCAACCUUUGAUUCAGCAUAUAUGUGGGUUCCGCACCAGCCAACAACACCGGGCAAUUUAUCCUCUUUUUUGGGUGCUUUUAAAGCCAGCUUUAAAGAUUUUAACAGUUAUUACCUCCAGGGUUUAUCGACAGUGGUUCAAGGAUUUGCCAAGAUGGAAAAAAAUGAUGUAUGUGUUGAUGUAUGUAACAGGUGUGGGGCUGCCACUCAUACUAGUUUACCAUCUAUACAAAUCCAACCAAGUAACACCCAUUACAAACAGGAAACAGUUUGUCAUCCUUACUCCUGAACAGGUUCUACAGGUCAGCGAGUUUGAGGCAGAACAGCACAUGGAACAGUACAAGGAUAGCAGGUUACCGGCCACACAUCCUCUCUACCAGCCGUUGCUACGCGUUGCUAAGCGACUGUUAAUAGCAAAUCAGGACCUGCCAAUACUGACAGAGUUGAAGUGGAAACUGUCGAUUGUUGAAGAUUCAGCACUCAAUGCUUUUGUCCUCCCAACUGGCCAUGUUUUCUUCACAACGGCAAUGUUAAAUUUGAUUGAAAAUGAGGACCAACUGGCUGUGGUAUUUGCUCAUGAAAUGGCGCAUGCAGUUUGUUCUCAUGCGAUCGAGACUCUCUCCAAGAGCCAGUUUCUCGACUACUGUAUCAUCUUUUUCAUGACAGCCAUCUGGACAAUGAUACCAUCUGAUGGAAUCGCCAUUAUAACUCAGUAUUUCAUGGAAAAAGUCAUGCAUUACACCUUCACUUUGACAUUCAGCAGGGAGUUGGAAGAGGAGGCUGAUGUGGUAGGCCUGGAAAUGGCAGCUAAGGCGUGUUAUGAUGUUCGUGAAGGCAGUGUACUGUGGAAAAGAAUGAUGAUGGUUAGAGAUCUGACAGGAGCAAAAGGUCUUGAAUUUACAUCAACACACCCCUCCAAUGAACAUCGAGUAUCUACCAUGGAACAGCUUAUGCCAAAGGUCAUUGAUAUACGGGAUAAGUGCGAUUGUCCAAAGCUACCCGACAUCGAUCCUCGGAUUCGUGCUAAAGUAAUCCAGAAAAAAGUAGAAAAUGUUGUUAUAGCUCGUAAAGCAGGACAAAAUCUAGCUUUGGUGCCGAUGGUGACAAGCACCGGUAAAAUAGUACAACCACAGAAGUAGAGCACUUGGGAGAGAUACCCAAUAAGUGUGGUACCUUUUAUCAGCCUCGGCGGAUUUCUUGUGAUAUGUUAUGGUAACUAACAUAUGAAAACAAUUUGGUAUAGGGUGGUUCUUAUUAUGCUGUAGUGGUCAUGGUCACAAUGAAAAUAUGAUUUCAUAGGGAAAAUAUUCAAAACUUUUACAGAACCUAUUGUAGAAAUAUGAUAAUGCUAUGCUAUGAAAACUAAAAAAAAAAUCAUAUACCUGGUAAAUGAAGACUAUUUUUGUGCAAAAUAAAUCUUACAAAUCAUCUGUUUUUGAGAAGAUUUUAAAUGCAAACCUAAAUAGCUGUUGAUUGUUCUGAUAUUCUUAAUAAUCCUAGAACAUUAUCCGGUCUGUCCAGAUGUUUAACCUGAAAACGAAAUAUGCAACAUGCACCACAAUCAUAUACUGUACAACAUUGCAUUACGUUCAGUUUUCUCACUUGCAAAUAUUAGUAAGUGUUGAUCAUACCAUUCAUUGUUAGAGGUUUGUCAACAAAAUGGUUUUCUAGACAUAAAGUAUACCUUUGAAUGUUUCUUGUUAUGCAGUUUAGUGCCAGCACAGUGUGAUGUUAUGUAACAUUACAGACUGUGGGAUUUCUACUAGUAACCAUAACCCUUCACCAUAGUAUGUCAUCUAAACAAGGAAUUCUAAUUGUACUGAUGACUCUCUAGCAGAGUGUGAUAUUACACUUUAACAAGAAAGUCUAUGGGAUUUCUACUAGUAACCAUGACCCUUCACCAUAGUAUGUCAUAUCUAAACAAGGAAUUCUAAUUGUACUGAUGACUCUCUAGCAGAGUGUGAUAUUACACUUUAACAAGAAAGUCUAUGGGAUUUCUAAUGGUAAACUUGACCCAUAUGAACCAGAGAGACAUUGCUAUAACAAUCUUGGAGCAGCUACUGUUAUUGACAUGAAUGUGAUAUUUUAAAUGUUUUUUACUAGUAAGUAAAUUAAACCUGUCAUAGACUUAAUUACUAUUUAACAUGUGUCUGGUGUUUGAGUUUGAGAUUUUGCAUGCGAGUAUGUUUUCUUUUUAUUGGUAUUAAUUGAAAUCUACCUCAUGCAUAGACUCAUACUAAUCAAUACAUACACAAAAGCCAACUGAUCACCUACCGUUGAUAACAACUGCCUUUAUAUACCGUUUACAUAUCAAGACCCCCAGUCUAUUACUGCCAUCUUAGGAACACACAAAAAGAUAUUCUUCUAUAUUUUAACAACUUAUUUAUUAAGGUCACCUGUUUAUGAAAACAUUUUGUCUAUAAAGAGCAAUUGUCUUAAAUGACAAAUUGCUUAUUUAGAUCAUUAGAACACAUAUCAUUUACAUUUUGUACUAACAUCUUAAGAAUGUCCAAAAUAGUGUUCUCUUUAUAUAAACUUUUCUUUUAAUGUCACCUAUUAAAACCUUUUGUCUAUAAGAGCACCUGUCUUUAAUGACCAAUUGCUUAUGUAAGACACCUGCCUUUUACUACUAUCUUAAAAUAGUGUUCUCUUUAUAUGAACUCCUUCACCCCUGAAGACACAUUUGAACUCUUCCAAUUCAAAGGUUGGAAUAGUUCAUUAUGAAACUUCAGGGGUGAAUGAGUUUAUCUGUCUAUAAAGACUGAUAAAGACUGAUAAAGACUUCAGACUGCCUCUCUCCCUUGUUGUUAUAGAGAGGUUUUACUAAAGAGUGGGGAUGUUACGUAAGCAAUACUGCUAACUAAGAAAGGGAGAAAACAAAAUAUGUAUUUAAAAGCAGUGAGUUUUAUGCAUGCAACUUCAGCUUUGAUAACUUGAUAUUUCAAUUAUUUUCACGAAUUUAUUUUCACAAAUAUCGGAAAAAUGUAACACCUAUGACAUUACAUGUGUAUGUUUUGAUGUCUUUCUUUGAUCAUAUUUCUCAUUUUCCGUUAUAGUGUAAUUUGCAGUGGUUUCUCUGUGAACUGUAUUUUUUUUUUAUUUUUCAACAAAACUUGCUCAAUUGGUUGAAAGAUAUCAUUUCACAAUGUAACAUCUUUCAUAUUUGUAAAUUGACAUUUUGCCUGAAAUAUUUCCUUGCAAACCGAUGGGCCAAAAUGAAAACAUGUGGCUACAAUCUUGAAGAUAACAAUUAAAUUAUACAUGUAUUGUUGUGUGUGACCUUAGGAUUGAUUGUCAUGUUAUAAUUACAUGUAGUACCAAGGUAUUGGCCAUAAAUAACUCAAACUGUUGUUGGGACGUAAAACGAUACAUAAAAAAACAAGUACCAUAUUACUUGUAUUGCAUGUGAAAAUCUCCAUUUCAAGUGAAAUGUCAUAGAUUUUGUCUUAUUUUAAAUUGGUUUUAAGUAAUCAUGAUACUUUUUUGUUAGUAAUGUUAAUACAAGGUUUUUAUUUCUUUAAUUAAAUACUUAAGACUAUUCAACCAUGUGAACUUGUCUCUGACAAAGAAGCUUGGUUAAGUGAGGGAACACAGGUGAGCUUGUCUCUGAUGAAGAAGCUUGGUUAAGUGAGGGAACACAUGUGAGCUUGUCUCUGACAAAGAAGCUUGGUUAAGUGAGGGAACACAGGUGAACUUGUCUCUGACGAAGAAGCUCCGUUAAGUGAGGGAACACAUUUGAACUUGUCUCUGACGAAGAAGCUCCGUUAAGUGAGGGAACACAUGUGAACGUGUCUCUGACGAAGAAGCUUGGUUAAGUGAGGGAACACAUGUAAGCUUGUCUCUGACAAAGAAGCUUGGUUAAGUGAGGGAACACGGGUGAGCUUGUCUCUGAUGAAGAAGCUUGGUUAAGUGAGGGAACACAUGUGAGCUUGUCUCUGACGAAGAAGCUUGGUUAAGUGAGGGAACACAUUUGAACUUGUCUCUGACAAAGAAGCUCCGUUAAGUGAGGGAACACAUGUGAAUUUGUCUCUGACGAAGAAGCUCCGUUAGGUGAGGGAACACAUGUGAACUUGUCUCUGACGAAGAAGCUCCGUUAAGUGAGGGAACACAUGUGAACUUGUCUCUGACAAAGAAGCUCCGUUAAGUGAGGGAACACAUUUGAACUUGUCUCUGACAAAGAAGCUCCGUUAGGUGAGGGAACACAUGUGAACUUGUCUCUGACGAAGAAGCUCCGUUAAGUGUGGGAACACAUGUGAAUGUGCAUAUCAAAUUGCUCCGAUAUGCACCCAUUUUAUAAUGUCAGGACAGGAAAAUUAGCUUCAUUGUCAGGAAUAAUGACAUAAGCUUUGAGCGGCUUGUUGGUGAGACAUGCAAACGAGGCAUCACAUGUACAUGGCCAGUUAGUAACUUGGGUCAUGUUUAUUCAUAGACACUGAAUUAGACACUAAAGAACAUUCGGUUACAUUUUGAUGUUGUAAAAAAGAUGUAAGCAACACAAGUUUGUAUAUUACUGUGGAAAUAUAAUUAUAUCAGGCCAGAUCAACCUUUAAAUAUUCCCCGAUUUUCUCAACCUCCUCUAUAUAUUCUUAUUCCACCGUAAUACAUUCACAUAUGUUAAAUAUUUCAGUAUUAUGUCUUUUGAAAGUUUAUUUCUCCUGUAUUUACUGUAUGAAACAGUCAGUUAUUUCAGAAUUGGAUAUUGAUUAGCAGAAGGAGGGGUGGGGGUCAUUUUUUGUGGUUUAGUAAGCAUUCUAGUGCUACAGAGAUGCAACAGUUGGACCCCGCACACCUAACGUUCUGCUGCACACUGUGUGGCUCAACAAAAUCUUAUUUACAACCAACAGAAAGUUUUUACAAUAAACUUGGAACUAGGGAAAAUGACUUUGUUGCUCUAGAGAGUUUGUUAAGGAAAUUCAAUUAUGUAAAAUCUCACAUGACAUCCCUUCACCAUGCAAACAAUGAAAUGAACAUUCAUUGUUUUAUUGACAUUACCCAGUGCCAUUCCCAUAUUUCUCAUGUUGUGUACAAUAUAUCCAAAUAACAUGAAUGGUGUUAUUUUAGAAUUAGAAAUUUGGCCCAUUGUACGCAAGCACACUGUUAUUGUAAAAACAGACUAGCACAUUUAUCAAUUUUUCCAGGAGACUCAAUUAAGCUCUACUACAAACAUGAGUUCAUAGUAAACGUCUUUGUUGGAAGUGUGGUUUACUUUUUUACUUUUUCCCUUGUAUUUUUUUUAGAAUAGUUUAAAACUGUUUUAAACAAUUGACCAGAAACACGUGCCUGGCACAGAUACCUAUAGACUGUAUAUGUAAGAUUAUGUAACAUACGCAUGUGCAAACCAUGGGGUGAGGAUCUGUGCCACAACUCUUUGGCUAGAGGUGCUUAGUUCAGCUCUCUGGG